GGACGACAAUAUAACAGGGAGUCAUUGUUUUAGGAGACUAACAGAGCCAGCAACUGUAUGUGACAAAUAAUACAUUUGGUUUGAAUCACUGAAACCGAUCAUUUAAGGUUUUUACACAAAAUGUUUAAUAGAUUAAUAUUAGCUUCUUAUAGCUACUGAAACACCGGGUUACGGGAACCGUUUAGCGAGCAAUUUGAUCUUCUCCAGUUUCGCUUUCUUUAGCGUGCGCUUUGACCCUCGCGGGAUUCCGUCUAGGAGUCUCCAUUACGCUCGCUGUGACGUGUAUAAAAAGCUGCGAAGUCGACUGUAUUUAAUUGUGUAUUUUUCGUGGGAGUUUUAAUUUUAUAUUAUUACCGCUAAACUGAUAUUUUCACAUUAAUUUGCACAGUUGCUUUGAAUUGGGAAAAAACAAGUAUUUUUAGGUUUUGUUAUUAAAAAAAUACCAACCCUCUUCCUGCCCAAGGCUCGGUGAACCAAGAUGGCGGAGCAGGAGGAGGAAAGUGGCCUGGCGGCGGGGACACUGACUAGCGAUGGGACUGCAAGCCUGCCGGAAUAUCUGCACGUCACUGGGGGUGAGGACUGCCAAGUGGUGAACACCUUUACAGCCGGGGAAGGGGAACUCAUCACGUCCUUCGUUGAGACAUCUGAAGUCGCUGAAAGUAUUGGUCCUACCAGUACAAUCAUCUACGUGCAGCCCGAUGGCUCUUUCGUUGAGGGGACGGGUUUGACGGCGGAGGAGCAGCAGCAGCUAGUGGAGCAGCUGGCCAAACAGCAGCUCGUGGAGGUGACGGAGAGCGAAGCCGCUCAGUUUUUCGAGAGCCACCAGUCGCAGCACUUCAUCCAGCACGGCGGCGACUUGUCGUCUGAGGAGCUGCAACCGCGCAGUCUGGUGUCGUUGGGCCCUCAAGAGGCCGAUGGCGGUCGUAUCGUGCUGUCCGAGCUGCAGCGGGUGGCUUUGGAACCCAGCCCCGCAUUGCCCGUGGCUCCCCAGCCGCUGACCAUUGUACAUAACGCGUCCCAGCAGCUCCAAAAUGUAGCCAUGCAGGUGGCUCUGCAGCAAAACCAGGUGCUCAACGGCACACGGCUCAUCCCCAAAAAGCUUGAAACCAUUCGCAUUCAGCUUCAGAAUCUGCAGACACCUGAAACCAAGGAGAAAUCUGCACCUUUAAAUCCACCAGUCCAGCAGAAAACUGUUCUUUUGGGUCAGCCUGUGGCUAAAGUGGGAAUGACUGGAGGACUGAAGUUUAACACCUCCCCUCAAAUCAUUAGAAUUCAACCUGUCCUAGGUGAUGGGCAACAGCAAUUUGUGCUUCAUAGUCCCAAUGAACCUCCAAUUCAGCUGCUGGUCCAGAAACAGUUGUCUACGGUGGGAGCUAUACAUAUGACACAAAAGGCAACUGUAAAAAAUGCUGUGAAUGGUAGAGCUCCCAGGGCUACAGUGACGUUUUGUCCAGCAGUUCACAGAACUGUUACAUCUGGUCCCGACAGAAAGGAAGGGGAAAAAGAGAAGCCUAAAAAGCCACAGAAAAUUCAGACCCGUUCAGGCCGCAUCUCUAGGCCACCAAAAUACAAAGUAAAGGAUUACAAGUUCAUUAGGCGGGAGGACUUAGCUGAUGGACAUCAGUCAGAUUCGGAUGAUUAUUCUGAAUUAAGUGUUGGAGAGGAGGAUGGGGAUGAAACCAAAAAUGUCUUUGUAUCUGUUGAUUUUAACUUGAACCCUAAAAUGUUUAAGUGUGAAACUUGUGAUAAAGCUUAUAUAGGAAAGGGCGGUUUGUCUAGACACUACAUGCUAAAUCCAGCCCACAAGAACAAGAAUGGUGUGGAGUCGGACACAUAUCUGCAAGAGCCUGGACUAGGUAUUCUGGCUAAUCAUAUAGCUGAGACAACAGGGUUAUCCCCUGGAUCUCAAGGCUCCAUUUCCAAUGAAAAACCUGAAAGGGAGGCCUUGCCAGCUGCAGAGACCCUGAAUCUUUCUACCCCGUCAGUACCUCCUCAAGAUGCACAGUCUGUUUCAUCUCCUGCCGAAGCUGCCUUGAAUCAAGUGGUUUUGUCUUUUCCUGGGCCAGGAAGGCCUCGCGGUCCUGGGAGACCAAAGGGACCAGGCAGACCUGCGCAUUCUAAACUUGCAGGGAGAUCAGGCCGUCAAGGUAGAAGAGCCAAGCCUGGUAGGCCUCCAAAAUAUCUAGGUGGUGUUUCUACUGAACAACAAAUCCAGAGACGAAAAGCUCGAUUAAAAGAGAUAAUUCAGCAGUGUGGCGACGAAGAGCUCAUGGAGCUUGUUCUGCCUCGGCUGGCCAGGGUCAUGACUGUCUGGGAGUUUCUAAUCAUGAAGGUUGAAAAAGGCUGUCCCUCCCAAGCACAUUUUGCUGAUGUUUACAGGGAGCUGGAGCAAUUGCACACUCAAGUCAAAAAAAUGGCUGAAGAACAUUUUGGUUCUGCAUCAUCCUCUAGUGUACUAGAGCAUCUGGAAAUCAGAAACCCCCAGGUGUCAAAAUCAUUGGGAAUUGAAGAUUUGUUGAAAAGCAAGGUACAUUUUAGUGUCCCAGUGCAGUGCUAUACUUUGGGUGUACCACAGAAAAAACAGCAGCCUUCUGAUACCAACAAGCAGAAAGAGAGAGAAAAUGACAUUCAACUUCCAUCUGCCAAAAAGAUAAGGAUAGAAGACAUGAAUGGAACAUGUUUGAAACUGAAUGGGUUAGAGGUGUCUGAGAAGGAUGUACCAGCUACUGUUACACCAGUGGAACAAGAUUUAAAAAAGGCACACAAAGAGACUCUGGCACUUCUGCAAGUCAGUGGCAAAGCCAAUGGGUCCACCAUGGAUGUCAAUCACCUCAACAGAGAGCUACUUCAGACUAGUAAUGAAAUUGAUCAUUUUGACUCCAGAAGCAACCAGCCAGAUACAAACAUUUUGCUUUGUCAUCCUACUGAUGUACCAAUGCCAGUUGCCCAGACUGUUCUGGUAGAUAUGCAACCAGAUCUUUCUAGAGCUGACAACAAAGAGAAAGUUUCAGAAGAAUUCCCUGCUGUACAAGCAAAGUUCUCAACCGAAGCACUUGUUCAGGAACACCUCAUCAGUCAAAACUUAGCAAAUGAAUCUGUAGCUGAGGAGGUGCCUUCUCAAAUGCCAAUUGCCAACAGUAUUAUUAAUUCAGAUUUUUCAAAAAGCAAUGCCUUGGUAAACUGCUGCAAUUCUGAAGACCUGAACGAUUCUGAUAUUGUUGACCAGAUGCAGCAGCUGGAAAAGGCUCUGAGCAGAGAUGAAAUGCCUCUGAAUCAUUCUUAUAGGAAUGUGCAUCUAGACUCUCAGCAGCCUGUGGAGACCCUUGCCACCCCUAUUUGCCUUGAAAAUGAAAUAAACGAAGAAGCAAUAAGUGGCUUACACAUAGCAAGUUUGGGAGAACUCCAUGGACAGAGCACCGAGCAGAAUGGCUGUGUGGAGCAGGCUGUUACAGUGGACGGGACUGUUGAAUUUCAACUUGCUGAUGACAACCAGGAACUGUUAACUCAGGGAAAUGAACAGAUAUUUAUACAGACUUCUGAUGGCAUCAUCAUGCACCACUCUACUGGGGGUAUAGCUUCAGAAGGGAUUGUCAUCGUAACCAACGCAGAUGGCACCACAAUGCACAUUCGCACGCCUGAUGGGGUCCCGCUGGAAACUGUAGAAGCACUCCUUGCAAUGGAGGCAGAGGGACAUGGUGAAGGUAUUCUGGUUACAGAAACGCAUCAGUGAACAUGUACAUAACCUAAAGAAAAUUAUAUUUUUGUAAUUUUGAUAUUAUGGCCUGUGAGAGGCAUAAAUUAUUUGUAUAGAGAUGAAUUUUGACAGUGAUUUUUUUUUUUUUGCAUUUUGUAUGAAAAAAUAUCUAUAUAUAAUAAGUCUCCAGAUCAUCUUGAAUAUUUCAAGUCAUCAAUGGUAAUGUUUUUUUUAUUAUUAUUAUUAUUAUUAUAGAAAUAAAUAUUUUGCACUGUUUCAAGGCUACAGAAAACUACCCGCAAGUCCCUAUAGCUGCCCUGGCCUUUUUUUGUGUAACAAAUAUUCUGGUUUUCUUUUUGUUAUUAAUAUUGUUAUCCGCCAUGUGACUUUAAAAUACAGUCGGGGCAUAACAACAGCUGAAUUUUAGCAAUCAUUGUUAAUUAUUUCUGCUUGAUCAGUGUAUAACUCAAUAUCUUUGACUGUAUUCCAUUUGUUUCAAAGCUUUUCCAUGCAAACAUACUGCUUACUGACAAAAAAAUAGAUUUGACAAGUGCUUUAUUUUCUUUAAAUCAAAGGAAGGAAUUAGCCCAGACUAUUUCAUUUAGUCCACAUAACCGACAAUUGCACAUUUUGCACCUUUCUUAAAGAGCAAAUAAAAAUGAAACAUGUUUUAAAACCCCUGCAGUUCCUGCAGGACACCUCUUGUA